CGGCUGUGGGGAGCACCCCGCCGCAGGGGGACAGGCGGAGGAAGAAAGGGAAGAAGGUGCCACAGCUGGAGGAGCUGCUGGCCGGGAGGGACUUCACCGGCGCCAUCGCCUUGCUGGAGGUAACGGGCGCGGGCCGGGGCCUGCUGCUUCCCUGGGAACCGAGAGCGGCUGCACCCAGCGGCAUCCACAGCCGUCGGACUGCCCGCGUUUCAGCGGCACGCGGGUGAGCAGCAGGAGGAUGCUGACCUCUGGAUCGGGUACUGUGCCUUCCAUCUGGGUGACUACAAGAGAGCUCUGGAGGAAUAUGAGGCCUUGACCAAACAACCAUCUUGCAAUCCCGAUGUUUGGGUGAACCUUGCGUGUACCUACUUCUUUCUGGGGAUGUACACACAAGCUGAACAAGCAGCCUUGAAAGCACCUAAGAGUCGUCUUCAGAACCGCUUACUCUUUCACCUGGCACAUAAGUUCAGUGAUGAGAAGAAACUGAUGAACUCUCACCAAAAUCUGCAAGACAUUACAGAGGAUCAGCUUAGCUUGGCAUCUAUCCACUACAUGCGGUCCCACUACCAAGAAGCUAUUGAUAUCUACAAAUGCAUUCUUCUUGAAAAUCGGGAGUACUUGGCUCUGAAUGUGUAUGUGGCUCUAUGCUAUUAUAAACUGGAUUACUAUGAUGUAUCACAAGAAGUGCUAGCUGUUUAUCUUCAGCAAGUUCCUGACAGCACCAUUGCUCUCAACCUCAAGGCUUGUAACCAUUUCCGACUAUACAAUGGAAAGGCUGCUGAGGCAGAACUCAAGAACUUGACAGACAGUGCCUCAUCAUCUUUUGAGUUUGGGAAGGAGCUCAUUAAACAUAAUCUGGUGGUGUUCCGAGGAGGAGAAGGGGCUUUGCAGGUGCUGCCUCCUCUGGUUGAUGUUAUUCCUGAGGCAAGACUGAAUCUUGUGAUUUACUAUCUCCGGCAAGAUGAUGUGCAGGAGGCUUAUAACCUGAUUAAAGACUUGGAACCUACAGCUCCACAGGAGUAUAUCCUCAAAGGAGUGGUAAAUGCAGCUCUUGGACAAGAAAUGGAUUCGAGAGACCAUCUGAAAAUUGCUCAGCAGUUCUUCCAGUUGGUGGGUGAAUCAGCCAGUGAAUGUGAUACCAUUCCAGGGAGACAGUGCAUGGCCUCCUGCUUCUUUCUCCUUAGACAGUUUGCUAACGUCCUGAUUUACCUCAACUCAGUCAAGAGUUACUUUUACAAUGAUGACACUUUUAACUUCAACUACGCCCAAGCCAAAGCUUCCAUGGGCCUUUUUAGUGAAGCUGAAGAGGUGUUCCUUUUGAUCCAGAGUGAGAAGAUAAAGAAUGAUUUUGUUUACCUUAGCUGGCUGGCUCGCUGCUAUAUUAUGAAUAAGAAACCACAGUUGGCCUGGAAGCUCUAUCUGAAGAUGGAGACCUCAGGGGAGUCCUUUAACCUAUUGCAGCUCAUUGCAAAUGAUUGCUACAAAAUGCGUCAGUUUUAUUACGCAGCCAAAGCAUUUGAUGUCCUGGAGAGACUGGACAGUAAUCCUGAAUUCUGGGAAGGCAAGAGAGGUGCUUGUGUUGGUGUCUUUCAAAUGAUCUUAGCUGGCCGAGAAGCAAAAGAGACCCUGCGGGAAGUACUGCAUCUCCUGAGAAGCACUGGUAAUUCUCAAGUAGAAUACAUCAUCCGCAUCAUGAAAAAGUGGGCCAAGGAGAACCGAGUCCCUGUCUAAGCCAGAGCCACAAAAUGAACAGGGUCAGUCACUGUUUUCUGUGUGACUGUAAUACGUGGGGUUUGGUUUCUCCCAUGCAUUCUGGGUAUUUCCUUCUUUCCAGGACUUUCAGACAUGAAGCAGGUUGACCGAGCUGAGCAACAGUAUCGUUCAGUGAGACUGCAAAAUGGCCAGUGAUUUGGGGGCUUUUGUUUGUUUGUUUUUGGUUUUGAUUUUUUGUUGUUGUUGUAGUUUGGUUUUGUUUUUGUUCAUUAAAGCAUUACUGGUAUUUUUUUCUGUCGCAUAAAUCUGUCCUCCUUCUAAGUUUCUCAGUUCUUUGUUGUAAUUCCAACUGUCCACCAGUCAAAGCACUCCUCAGAUUUCUCUGCAUGAGUUAUUGGGGUGCUUUGUGGUUUUUUCAAUAAGUAUUCUGGCCUCUGGAGAAGAAUUAUUUGUUAAAUGACUGAGAUGAGUUUUAUUCAGCAAGUGAUGGAAUGAGGUGGGUAGAGAGGAUGACUGUGACAACCAAAAUAGGAUGUCAGAGAACAUGUAAAGAGUUCUAUAUAUUACCUGCCUAGGGUAAAAUACAAACUAUAUUCUAAACACUGUCCUUUUCUGGAUAAAUCGUCUCUUUUACUUAUAUCUGAAAGACUUGUUAUCUCUCUUAACACUAAUUCUGAAAUGAGGGUUAAUCAGUCCCAAAUGCCAAGACUCAAAUUGGCUUAUUUGCUCUCUAGGUUAGUAACAAAGCAUGAUGGUGGCAUCUAUUCCACUGCAUGCAGGUUUGACUGACCUGAGUGCUUAAUCUUGCUUUGUUGAUGCUUGAAAGACCCAGAGCUGAAUCUUUUGAAUAAAUUUGCUUCAGCACUUACUACCCUAGUUGCAAAUAAAUUUAUUAUACUUUUGAGGUAAUUACUCUAAUGGGGAGAACGUGAUUCUAAAAGAAGACAAUAGUUGUAACACAGAAAUGUAUUAUAUGGUUUGCAGUGAAAAACAUUUGUAUAUUAUUUGUAAAAGUAAAAUUUACGAUUUGUAAAUUUGUAAAAUACUUCUGAAGUAUUUUUGUAUCUUUUUUUUGGAGGGAGGGGAGUCUGAAUGUGGUAUUCACUGCUGUCUGUGCUUUGAUUAAAGCUCUUAAUUGAAUCUACA